AUGAGAGAAGAGGCAGUUCCUCAUAAGAUGAAGAAGUCGAUUGGCCAUGCAUUCCUACGAAGUCAUGUUGCAUCUCUCAUAUCUGUUGUUGGCGUCGUGGUGGUUUAUGCUGUGUGGCGUUGCGCCUUGCAUCUGGGGGAAGGGAAGUGGAGACCUGCAGCAACAGGUCGGUUGCUUGCAGCUGGAGGAGAGGAGGAAGAAGGUUCUUUCGCGUGCAGGUAUGCUGGUGAGGGUGAGGAUGAGGGGGGCCACACCGGCGAAGCUGAGUAUCCAGACGAAGCGACGGAGCUGCUGGCGCGUGGCUCUUCGGUCAUCUCGACCUUUGUGUGUGUGGCGGAGUCGGCUCAGAGUCUUCUACUGCGCCUCCCGGUGGCAGACCGGCAUAAAGCAGCAUGCCUUCUUUUCAGCGGCGUAAUUGUUGAGUUCAGUGCUCUGUUGUCAUUGGUGGGUGAGGGCGUGAGGACCAGCUUCAAUCCUGCGACCGCCGCCGUUAACCAGGUGAUCUUGAAUAUUGCUGGGAGCAUUCCAUUGGGGAGCAUUCGAGGUGCAGAGUCGAAGUAUUACCGCUUGCGCCUGAUCAUUAAGAAACUCAAGAGAACAAGACACCAACUGCCCGUCUUGCCUGAAGAGGAGCGUAUGCAGAAGCUCCGCGAGCUGCUUUUUCUGCAGGAGUUGAGUCAUACUCAGAUAAAAGCUGCCUUCGACACCAUGGAAUCGGUGGUGACUCCUCUUGGCAACGUAGACAGAGGAGACCUUGCACACGCUAUGGCCCAGCUCAGCCACACUGUCUAUGCUCGCAAGAACCAGGUGAUGCGAGACGGAAGACUGCGUGAAUGGCUUACAGUAAACGAAAGCCCUUGGAAGCAUUCUCCCCUUCUUCCAAGAAACUACCUGGAUUUCAUUUUGCUGCAGGAUCAACCCAACUUCAACAACCUUGUCGCUGAACUCACAGACCCUACGCUUCCUUUCGCCAGGCCCAGAAGGGCUCCCCUCGGCAUGCGCACCACUGAAGAAGAGAUUCAGAUGCAGCGAGCUCCUGAAUUUGGAUUAGCUGAGGAGGGCGUGAAGGAGCAGUCAGCCUUUCAGAGAAGGGGAUACGAAGCCAUCCCCUGGGCCUGUCGGAGUCCUCAGAGAUCACAGCUGCAGGCACCCCAUGCCGAGAUGCGGGCCCCUCAUCGCCAUUCACCAGGAAUGGAAAACAAUGUAUACAGAGAAGGAAGCGGACAAGGAUGUGAUCACAAUCGAACUGAAUUUCUCACAGGGGGAGGCGCUAUUGGCGGGGGCAUCUCUGAGGCCUCAGCACCGUUGCUGAGCUCCCAGUGGGACUUCAUCCGCUCAUCAGAUGAAGGGUAUAAUUUGUUCAGUUUCCCUCCUACUUGGCAAGAAAACAAACAAAGUGAUGAAGUGACAGUAGACAGCCUGGGGUGGAGUUCUCAAGAGGCAAGUGGGGUGGCUGCCGAUGCGGCUGAGCAGAAUGUGUUGAUGGACGUGGGCAUGCCUACACCAGGUCACACAAAUGAUAUUGCAAGUGCUGUUCGGCUGCUGCUGACGAGCAGAAGCAGCCUUCUCUCUUCCCAGACGCUAAGCUCGCCUCAGCAGGAAGCAACAGUGCAUGUGGAGAUAGGGGAUGGAGCAUCCAGGGCACCAGGUUCACAUCGAGGGACGCGUCGCGUAUACCACGGUGUGGCCGAGGGUGAGCCCCGUGGUGUACAGACACCGGAAAGCGAUGCGUCGGCUGCAGGUGGAGACAGCGGGAAGGGGAGCGCUGCCUAG